UUUCCACUUUCUCCAUAAUUUAUUUUAGACAAUGAUUGCUCAUCCAGAGACAUAUUUUUAUGAGUGGUCUUGAACUUUGCUCGCUACUCGAUCUAGUAUCGAAUCUCAUGGCUUGUUCUUCUUUGCCUCUUCGUAUCUGGACAUACCGCGUCUUUGCUAGCUUCCAUGGACCAGACGUCCGUAAAACAUUUCUCUCUCAUUUACGCAAACAAUUUAACUACAACGGGAUUACGAUGUUCGAUGAUCAAGGGAUCGAGAGAAGCCAAACCAUCGCCCCUGCACUCACACGAGCAAUUAAUGAAUCGAGGAUCGCAAUCGUGGUGCUCUCCAAGAACUAUGCUUCAUCCAGCUGGUGUUUGGAUGAAUUGGUACAGAUUUUGAAGUGCAAGGAAGAUAGAGGGCAAAUAGUGAUGACUGUCUUCUAUGGAGUAGAUCCACAUGAUGUGCGUAAACAGACCGGAGAUUUUGGGCGUGCUUUCAAUGAGACUUGUGCUCGUAAAACGGAGGAGGAGAGACGAAAAUGGAGCCAAGCUUUGAACUAUGUGGGUAACAUAGCCGGAGAACACUUCCGAAACUGGGACAAUGAAGCCAAAAUGAUCGAGAAGAUUGCAAGAGAUGUUUCAGAUAAAGUGAAUGCUACACCAUCAAGAGAUUUUGAUGACAUGGUUGGACUUGAGACUCAUUUGAGAAUGAUGCAGUCUUUGCUAGAUUUAGAUAAUGAUGGAGUUAUGAUGGUUGGAAUAUCUGGUCCGGCAGGCAUUGGUAAGACUACCAUUGCUAGAGCUUUGAAAAAUCUAUUCUCCAAUAGGUUUCAGCUUAGUUGUUUUAUGGACAACUUUAGGGGAAGCUAUCCCAUUGGUUUUGACGAGUAUGGUUUUAAGUUGCGUUUACAAGAAGAGCUGCUAUCAAAGAUUUUGAACCAAAGUGGUAUGAGGAUCUCCCAUUUAGGUGUAAUACAAGAAAGACUAUGUGACAUGAAAGUGCUUAUCAUUCUUGAUGAUGUGAAUGAUGUAAAGCAAUUAGAGGCUUUGGUUAAUGAAAAUUCAUGGUUCGGCCCUGGAAGUAGGAUUAUUGUGACAACUGAAAAUAAAGAGAUUUUGCAUCGACAUGGUAUCGACAACGUGUACAAUGUCGGGUUUCCAUCAGAUGAAGAAGCUCUCAAGAUCUUAUGUAGAUAUGCUUUUAAACAAAGCUCUCCACGUCAUAGUUUCUUAAUGAUGGCAAAAUGGGUAGCACAACUUUGUGGGAAUCUUCCAUUGGGUCUACGUGUGGUGGGUUCAUCUUUACAUGGGAAGAAUGAGGACGAAUGGAAAUAUAUAGUAAGGAGGCUAGAAACUAUUAUGGAUGGAGAGAUCGAGGAAGUACUAAGAGUCGGUUAUGAGAGUUUACAUGAGAAUGAGCAAACACUAUUUCUCCACAUUGCAAUCUUCUUCAACUAUGAAGACGGUGAUCUUGUGAAAGCCAUGCUCGCUGACAAUAGCUUGGAUAUCGAACACGGGUUAAAAAUCCUAAUAAAUAAAUCUCUGAUACAUAUAUCUAGCAAAGGGGAAAUAUUGAUGCACAAUUUACUACAACAAAUGGGGAGACAAGCCAUUCGUAGACAAGAGCCUUGGAAACGCCGGAUCUUAAUUGAUGCUCAAGAGAUUUGUGAUGUGCUUGAAAAUAAUACAGGUACAAGAGGUGUGUCUGGUAUAUCAUUUGAUACAUCAGGAAUCAAUGAAAUAAUUGUAAGCGAUAAAGCUCUUAGAAAAAUGUCUAAUCUUCGUUUUCUAAGUGUUUACAAGACAACAUAUGCUGCGAAUGUUAAUGCACAUAUACCUGAGGAGAUGGACUAUCUACCUCCUCUAAGGUUACUACGUUGGGAGGCAUACCCAAGCAAGACUCUUCCUCUUAGAUUUUGCCCGGAGAAUCUAGUCGAACUUAGCAUGGAAGAUAGCCAACUCAAGAAGCUCUGGGAAGGAACUCAGUUGCUAACUAAUCUCAAGAAGAUGGAUUUGUCUCGUUCUCUGGAGUUGAAAGAACUCCCAGAUCUUUCAAAUGCUACAAAUCUCGAAACACUGGAGCUAAGCGGUUGCACGAGUUUGGUAGAGCUUCCAUCAUCUAUUGCGAAUCUUCAAAAACUAGAGGACAUAAUGAUGAAUUCUUGCCAAAAGCUGGAAGUUAUCCCAACUAACAUCAACUUGACAUCUCUCAAGAGGAUUCACAUGGCUGGAUGCUCACGACUGGCAAGUUUCCCAAAUUUUUCUACCAACAUCACCGCUCUCGAUAUAUCAGACACAUCGGUAGAUGUAUUGCCUGCAUUGAUUGUGCAUUGGUCUCAUCUUUAUUAUAUUGAUAUAAGAGGAAGAGGAAAAUACAAGAACGCAUCAAACUUCCCCGGAUGCGUAGGACGGCUUGAUCUAAGCUAUACUGAUGUUGACAAGAUUCCAGAUUGCAUCAAAGAUCUUCUAUGGUUACAACGCAUCUAUCUAUCUUGCUGCAGAAAACUUACAUCAUUACCAGAGCUACCUAAUUGGCUUCUUCUCCUGAUAGCAGACAAUUGUGAGUUACUCGAGAGAGUAACCUUCCCUAUAAACUCUCCAAAUGCAGAACUCAUUUUCACUAACUGCUUCAAACUGGAUGGAGAAACAAGAAAACUAUUCAUCCAACAAUCUUUUCUUAGCAACUGCAUACCCGGAAGAGUAAUGCCUAGUGAGUUCAAUCACCGAGCCAAAGGUAACUCCGUGAUGGUUCGUCUUUCUUCUGCAUCCUUGAGGUUUAGGGCUUGCAUCAUAGUUUCGCAUAUCCAAGAUCAACACAGAAGAAUAUAUAAAAAUGUUAAGUUACAGUAUCGUAUCAUAGGGAAAAGCAGUUGGUCUAUCCAUAAAAUGUUUCUCGUAGGACAUCCUCGUGGAUCCCCCGGAAUUCGAAGGAAACAUCUAUGUAUUUUUUAUGGUGACUUUCUUGAAGAAGAUUUAUCCAUUGAAGUUAACAGCGAGUUAUUGUUUGAAUUCCGCAACAUCUCUGAUCUCUACACAUAUGAAGACUGCGAGAUUAUUGAAUGUGGUGUGCGAAUCUUGACGAACGAAGUGGAGGAAAGCAGUGAUGGGAACACUAAAACUAGAUUAGACCAAGUUUCUGAAGAUGACGACGAUGAUUGGAGCUACGAUUCUGAACCCAGCGAGGUCUUGGAAGAUUCUGAAGGCGACAACAUGGACCAUACUACAGAGGUACUAAUCAGUUGUGACUCGAAAUCAGACAAGGCAUACGAUGAAGAAGGAAAAGAAGACAAUGUCCAAGGUAAAGAACAUACAAAUUGUUGGAGUUGGCUCUUCCUCUGCUUUGAGUAAAAGAGUAAUCAAAUCCCAUUUCUUAAUGUCUUUCCACUCAUUUGUUAAUGGUGUAUUACAAGAUGACUCCCUUGUAAAUUCGUUUG